AAAUGCCUUUCACGACAACUUCCGGAAGAGGUCGCCAUGGCUUCCCGGGAGGAGAUACUCGCCUUACAAGCUGAAGUUGCCCAACGUGAGGAGGAAUUGAAUUCGCUGAAGCAGAAGCUGGCGUCGGCUCUUUUGGCUGAGCAGGCACCGCAGCCAGAACGGCUGGUUCCGGUGUCGCCGCUGCCGCCGAAGGCCGCUCUGUCCCGAGAUGAGAUUCUGCGCUAUAGCCGGCAGCUAGUGCUGCCCGAGCUGGGCGUGCACGGACAGCUGCGCCUGGGGACCGCGUGCGUGCUAAUCGUGGGCUGCGGUGGGCUCGGCUGUCCACUAGCGCAGUACUUGGCAGCGGCCGGCGUGGGCCGCCUUGGCCUUGUGGACUAUGACGUGGUAGAGAUGAGCAACCUGGCCCGCCAAGUGCUGCAUGGCGAGGCACUGGCUGGCCAGGCCAAGGCCUUUUCGGCCGCCGCCUCGCUGCGCCGCCUCAAUUCGGCAGUGGAAUGCGUGCCGUACACUCAGGCCCUUACGCCAGCCACUGCCCUAGACCUGGUCCGCCGAUAUGAUGUGGUGGCUGACUGCUCGGACAACGUGCCCACUCGCUACCUGGUUAAUGACGCAUGUGUGCUGGCGGGUCGGCCCCUCGUGUCUGCCAGUGCCUUGCGCUUCGAGGGCCAAAUCACAGUCUACCAUUAUGACGGUGGGCCUUGCUAUCGCUGCAUAUUCCCCCAACCACCCCCAGCGGAGACAGUGACCAACUGCGCGGACGGCGGGGUGCUCGGUGUCGUUACCGGGGUCCUAGGCUGCCUGCAGGCCUUGGAAGUGCUGAAAAUCGCGGCGGGUCUGGGCCCCUCUUACAGUGGCAGCUUGUUGCUCUUUGAUGCCCUGAGAGGGCAUUUCCGCUCUAUUCGGCUGCGGAGCCGCAGGCUCGACUGUGCAGCUUGCGGGGAACGGCCCACUGUGACUGAUCUGCUGGACUAUGAAGCCUUCUGUGGCUCCUCAGCCACUGAUAAAUGCCGCUCCCUGCAACUACUGAGCCCAGAGGAGCGUGUUUCUGUCACCGACUAUAAGCGACUUCUGGAUUCUGGGGCAUUCCACCUGUUGCUGGACGUCAGGCCUCAGGUGGAGGUGGACAUUUGUCGUUUGCCUCAUGCCCUACACAUCCCUCUGAAACAUUUGGAACGCAGGGAUGCGGAGAGCCUGAAACUCUUAAAAGAAGCAAUCUGGGAAGAGAAGCAGGGCACACAAGAAGGGGCUGCUGUCCCCAUUUAUGUGAUUUGCAAACUGGGAAAUGACUCACAGAAAGCCGUGAAGAUCCUCCAGUCCUUAUCAGCAGCUCAAGAGUUAGACCCUUUAACAGUUCGGGAUGUUGUGGGGGGCCUCAUGGCCUGGGCUGCCAAAAUCGAUGGAACAUUUCCACAGUACUGAGGUGACUGGUAUAGUCUGAUGAGAAAGAUGUGGAUUGCCAUAAUACCUCAAAGAUACACUUGUUUGCAUUUUUCGGUAAUAUACAUAGGAGCUGGGGAUUCUACAGUAUCUGUGAAUACGUGGACUCCUUUUUAUAAGGAGUUUUAAAAAUUGUUAUGUAUUGGAUGAAUGACUUAUUAAUGGAUUAUACCGUUUCUGAGAACCAUCAUUUUUUUUCUCAGCACACGGAGGAUGUCUUGGACAUGUGAGAUGUAACGUGACAGGAUUUUGUAUUUUAAACUGCAGAUCAUUUACAUGUCCUUAUUUUCCACCUCCCCCAGUCAAAAUGCUUUCUAAAUCAUUUUCACAGAUUAUAUACUUAGGAUCUGUUUACUGUUCAGUUAGGAAAUUCUUGGAUCUUAUUAAUAUUUCAGAUGAUAGAAUACAUCCUACAGAAAUACAUGUUUAAAAUGUAAAUUGUUUUAAUUAUUCAGAAAGAGGGUCAUUCUAUUUGGCCUUUUGAAUUAGUAUCAAAAUGAGAUUUUUUUUUUUUUUUUUUGAGAUGGAAUCUCACUCUGUUGCCCAGGCUGGAGUGUAGUGGUGCGAUCUCAGCUCACUGCAACCUCCGCCUCCCAGGUUCAAGCGAUUCUCCUGCCUCAGCCUCCUGAGUAGCUGGGAUUACAGGCGCACGCCACCACGCCCGGCUAAUUUUUGUAUUUUUAGUACAGAGGGGGUUUCACCAUGUUUGUCAGGCUGGUCUCGAACUCCUGACCUCGUGAUCCGCCUGCCUCGACUUCCCAAAGUGCUGGGAUUACAGGCGUGAGCCACCACACCCUCCCGAGAUCUUUAAAGUUUACCAAAAUAAAGGAAACCACGUUUGUAGUC